ACAUUGUACCGUGGGAUCACUAAUAUUUCUUCUCUCUUUGACUCAAUACCGUGGAUGUGCAUCACACCUCGUCGAUCAUGCCUGGAUUUCUAACAUGGCUGUGGCGAUGGAGGAAUUACAUCGUGAUCGUCCUGACGCCUCUUCUGCUUCUUCCUCUGCCACUCAUCAGUCCGACUCCAGAAGCAAAAUGUGGCUAUGCGAUAAUCCUCAUGGCGCUGUACUGGUGUACAGAGUGUAUCCCCCUGGCGGUGACCGCCCUGCUACCGGUCAUUCUGUUCCCCAUGAUGGGCAUCAUGGAGUCAGGAGAGGUUUGUAUCCAGUACCUACAAGACUCCAACAUGCUCUUUUUGGGGGGGCUGCUGGUGGCCAUCGCUGUCGAGAACUGGAACCUGCACAGGAGGAUCGCCCUUCAAGUCCUGCUCGUUGUAGGAGUGAAGCCUUCUCUUCUGAUGAUUGGUUUCAUGAGCACCACAGCCUUCCUGUCCAUGUGGAUCAGUAACACGGCCUCAACAGCCAUGAUGCUGCCCAUUGCAAACGCUGUGCUGCAGCAGCUGUCUGACACAGAGGCCAAUGCUGAAGCGAGAGAAUAUGCUAAUGAAAAGGAUAGGAGUAAGGACAAUCAGGCAUUUGAGAUGAGCGAAGAAGGCCAUGACAAGGAGCUCAGACUAAAGGAAAACAAAAUCCACUUCGAUUCAGAGGAUGAUGAUGACACCAAAGACAAAAUGGAAAUCAAAGAAAACAAUGUCAAUUCAAGUGUUAAUGAGAGUCCAGAGGCCAAGGUGCGAAGACUGAAGAGGGAGGAGUGGUACAAGAAGAUGUCGAAAGGCAUGAGCCUCAGUGUGUGCUACGCCGCCAGCAUCGGAGGCACAGCCACCCUCACUGGAACCACGCCCAACGUCAUCUUGAAGGGUCAGAUUGAUAAACUCUUUCCAGAUAAUGGAGGUAUAAUCACCUUUGCGAGUUGGUUCGGCUUCUCGUUCCCCAACAUGUUGCUCAUGCUUGUUAUCUCUUGGUUUUGGCUGCAAUUUGUGUUUUUGGGUUUCAACUUCAAAAAGUCCUUUGGAUGCGGCAAACACAAAGCUGGUGACAGCGAAGCGUACCAGGUGAUCAAAGAUGAGUACAAAAAGCUGGGCCGUAUGAGCUUCGCGGAGGGCUGUGUGCUUUCUAUCUUCAUUCUGCUGGUUGUCAUGUGGUUUACGAGGGAGCCUGGGUUCAUCCCGGGCUGGGCCACUGUCCUGUUCAACAAAGAGAAGCCGUACGUCACAGACGGCACUGUGGCCAUAUUAAUGUCCUCGCUCUUCUUCUGCAUCCCGUCCAAUCUGCCAAGAUGUUGGUCUAAUAAUGGAGCUCCGGCUGAAGCCCCCUCUCCACUGCUAACAUGGGACGUCGUCCAUGAAAAGAUGCCAUGGAACAUCCUCUUACUUCUUGGCGGAGGUUUUGCGUUGGCCCAUGGAAGUGAGGUAUCUGGACUCUCUGAGUGGCUGGGAGAAACUCUUGUUCCGCUGCAGAGCAUUCCUCCUUUCGCCAUCUCUAUCCUGCUGUGUCUGCUGGUGGCCAUGUUCACCGAGUGCUCCAGCAACACAGCCACCACUACACUCUUUCUGCCAAUACUGGCCUCCAUGGCAACUGCCAUUAAGAUACACCCGCUGUACGUCAUGUUACCCUGCACCAUCUCUGCCUCGCUGGCUUUCAUGCUGCCCGUAGCCACGCCACCCAACGCCAUUGCCUUCUCCUACGGGAACCUCAGAGUUAUGGACAUGGCUAAGACUGGAUUCAUCCUGAACUUUGUUGGUGUCAUAACCAUCAACAUAGCCAUUAACACGUGGGGUGUGGCCAUGUUCGAUCUGAAUACAUUCCCCUCAUGGGCUAAUGUCACCGAAACCCCUUGAACAUGAGCUCAGGAAAACGAAAACAGGGGAGAAAAAAGAGGGGGAGAUGAACAAUAUCAGAACAGCCCGAUGUGCCCUGAGGCCUGUCCCUGAAGGCUGAUACAGGUUCCUCUCUGCAGCUUUCUGUCUCACAUCCUGACUCACACUGUGGACUGUGUGUUCAGAAACAGUAGGAAACACCUGGGAAUCUUUUUGUUCAUGUUUUGACUGAAGUGAGUUCAGUUCAGUUGGAUAAUUUAUCUUCUGGACAGACAAAAAAACUGAUCAGAAGUUAAUAUAAUUCAUAUCCAAGAUUGACUUUCUGUAUUUUACAUACAAGACAUCAUUUUUUAAAAUGCAGUGUUCUUGGAUAAAAACAAGGAGAUUUCUGAAAAGAUAUGUAUUGAGGGCAAAUGUUUAUAUUGUGAGUUCAUUGCAUGUGUAAUAAAGUGUUUCACUAUCCUAAUAUAAUAAACUUAAGUUAAAAAAAUUAUAAUUUGCAAUCAUUUACAAUCUUUUUUUUUAAGUAUUUCACAAGAGUCACAAAGUGCUUUACAGGGAGAUAACAUUUUUAAAUCUGAGUUGUACAGGUUCAUACAUAAAUGUUCAAUGGUCUGUAUUUAUAUAGCACUUUUCUAGUAUGGAUUACUAAAACAGAUAAUAUACAUAGGAAAAUCAUACAGAGUACAGUAAAAAGCAUUAACAGAGCUUGGGCAUAUUAAUGACUUUAAGAUCUUUUGAAAAAGAUUUGUCUAUGGUUUCUUGUUAUUAAACACGGGAUGACAUCCCCUUUAAACCAAAUAACCAAAAAACACCACCUUAAUAACCUGCCAAUACUGCCACCAUGUCUCAGCCAUCCCCCCAUCCCCUAUGAGAGAAAGAGUGUUCCUUUGCACAGAAUGUGUGUGUGCAAAUGUAAAAAAUCCUAUAGUUAAUGCUGUUUCGCAGUUUACUUUUUAAGACUUGAAACUGAAUGGUAUCGAAUAGAACAGGAAGACAGAGCUCUUUGCCUCACUCUCCCUCUUUCUCUCCCACACAAACACACUGACUGACUUUCUGUGCACUUUCCACACCAAACCUACAUUUCUCUACAUCAGGGGCAUCACAUCCACACCCCCAGCCCCUACUGAUCAGCUCCCAAAGUUAAUAAUAGCAAAAAAGAUUUAAAAAUUAACAAAAUCAACAAAUUGCCUCAUAUACAAUUAUUGUCUUUUGAGUGAGGAAAAUCUGCAGCCUUUAUACUCUAUGUAGGCUGAAGAGUCUUGACGCUACAGAGAACAUAAACAUUGCUAAUACUUCAAUUGGAUGCUUAAAGCAACUUACUAACACUUUACCUUGUUGAAUUGUAAUCACCUAAACUAUCUUUUGAUGUUUGUCAAUGUCAGAAGAAAAUAUAUAUUUGCUGCUAGAGGUCCAGUGGUACACUGUUCUUUUGGCUGAAACAUUAAAAGUUAAUGAUGGCCUCAAAUCUCAUUGCCUUCCAUAGGAUUAGGACUACAGGGGUCGCGGAUUGAUUUAAAGAGAUCCAAGAGGAGGGCAGGCAAAUCCUUUCAAAGCUCAAUGUGGGAGAAAUGUAAAAAUGAUGAUGGGAGGUCGCAGAAAUCCAAAACUGACUGAAAACAUUUGAUUGAGCUCCUUGGCAGGGGUCUGUAUAUUUGGUAUAUGUGAGGGGAUUUUAAAUUCAUGAAUCUACAGCACACAGAGGUUGAAGGGUUAGCAGCCAUGAAAUCCAAAAACAUUUUGGGUUAAUCUAGUGACCACUCCUCUGGUGGAGACUGAAAGAAAGAAUCACGCAAUGUAAAAACCUUAAAACUAUCACUCUCUCUUUUGGUAAAUUGGUUGUCACAGUGAGGGAGGUGGAUGGAAGUGUGUUGGACGUCCGCUAUCAGAGGUAAGACAUCUACUGUUUUACUUUUGACCACUGUAUUUUUCUGUAUUUGUACGUGUCCCACUUGUAAUGUUAUGAUGCAGCAGUACAUUUUCAGCUCAAAACCUCAGGGGGAUUGUCAGUACUCUAAUUUAAGGACCUUUUGUAAGAAGUAUUAAGAUUUGAAUUAAUGUGAUGCAUCUGUAAUUAUCGUACUCUCUGGAAGGCUAUUCCACUUGAACUGUACCUGUAUUUUAAACAAGGGACCUGAAUCAAUUGAAUAACUGGGUAUUGUGAAUAUAUCAUACUGAAAACACCUACAUGGGAUGACAUACCCCGAAAAAGGAAAAAGUAAUGACUCUAUACAGAACUAGUAUACAGUACUGUGAUUGUUUGGUAUGUUGCUGUGAUGAAGCCUGUUUUGAUUUGUUUGUCCUAUGAGGGGAUUAUCUAGACUGUGACCCAAGGUUUAAAAUACUAAAGAUUCUAAUGACAUUCUUUGGUUGUAAAUAAUGCGUUUGUCAAUCAAAAUGUUGCUCUGUGAACACGGCAGCAUCCCACCGACAGUUAUCGUGACAGUUCUUGAUAAUUGAUCAAAGCAAAAGUCAUUGAUCAGGCAGAAAUGAUUCUAUCGAGGUGGCCCUUAGAUGUGAAACCCCAAAACAAAACAAGAGUUGAUAAAUGUAGUAUUUUGUGUUUUUUGUCAUUUUUCAAUUGUGCUUUUUGUUGUAUAGUUGUAUCUAAUGUCGUUAUUUACCACACUUUGGACUGUUGUAUAUCAAAAAUACAUUGUGUGUGUCUA